AUGCUGUUGUUGAGUUGGGCUGGGAUUAGCGGAGGCGAAUGAGUUUCAAUUUUACUGGAUUACAGAACAAAGAAAGGGGAAAGGGGACACUCUGCUCCGUUAAAGAAAAACAGAAAGAAAAAAAGGGGGACGCGAUAAAAACAACACUAAAUAAUCUCGCCCCUCUGAAAAACGAGGGAAAGAGGAAAGGGGCAUGGUGCAGAUUAUGAGAUUUUCCUAAACUCGCCGUGCUUUUUCUUUAGAUGGGAAUUCCGCCCUCCACUAUUGGAUUAAACGGAGAAUAAACCUAUUCCGGGAUUGACAGCAUUAAAGGUAAUUAAAACGGAGGGAUUUUGAGGGAUGGCCCAGCUGCGGAAACUCAGCUGUGACGGGCUGAGGGUGAACUCUCGGGGUGAACUCAGAGGGCCGCAGGUCUCUGCCAGGCAGGAGAUCCUUACCAGCUUGGUAUCAGCACUGGACUCUGUGUGCUCUGCUAUGUCUAAGCUGAACGCAGAGGUGGCCUGUGUCACCGUGCACGAGGAUAGCGUGAUCGCUGUGGGAACAGAAAAGGGAAGAAUUUUCCUCAAUUCCAGGAAGGAAAUACAGACAGACUUUCACAAAUUCUGCAGGGUGUCCUGUCUGCAAGCAUUAAAUUCAGUCAACUCCCACGCCAAAGUUCCUGAUGCAGAAUGCAGCCGGACUGGCAAAGACACUGGACAGCCGGGGAAGCAGCGAGCCUUAACCGACACUCAGUCCAAUAUCUUUGUUCUGAGGAAGAUGGUGGAGGAAGUCUUCAGUGUGCUUUAUAGUGAGGCUGUUGGGAAGAGCAGCCUGGUUCCUGUGCCUUAUGAGUUCAUUCAAAAGGAGCCUGGUGCUGUGGUCAUCCACGGCCUGCCGGAGGGGGUGAUCUUAAGGAAGCCAGCUGAGUAUGACACCAAGACCUUAAUGAAGAUCCUGGAGCAGAGCAACCGCAUCCGCUUUAUAGUCAAACGGUCACCAGACGACCCUGUGCGUGAUGGCAAAUCCUGUCCGGAAGUGAACCACCACUCCUCCUCGGCCAAGGGCGCCAGUAACCAUGCUCCCGUUAAACCCCCCGCACAGGAAGUGCCUGCCAGCAGUUCCAUGCUCUCCAGCUUCCUGUAUGGCAUGCCCAUGUCCUCCCAACCCCACCCAGACGGCAAGCUGGAGCUGAAGCCCUCGGCCCUGCAUGGCCUCAGCAAGGAUCAGCUUCCCAUGUGGCCACUGGGCAAUGAAAAAGGGGUGACGGCCAAAGAUGGCUCCGAAAGCGGUGAGCGGAUAGCACUGGCAGGAGAUCUUACCCAGAGCCCUCCCAGCAUCCACGUCUCCAAGCGCCUUCUGUUUUCCAUAGUCCAUGAAAAAUCAGAAAAAUGGGAUGCAUUCAUCAGGGAAACAGAGGAUAUUAACACACUUCGAGAAUGCGUACAGAUCCUCUUUAACAGCCGCUAUGCUGAAGCUUUGGGCUUGGAUCACAUGGUUCCUGUGCCGUAUCGUAAGAUUGCCUGUGAUCCUGAAGCGGUGGAGAUCAUUGGAAUUCCAGACAAGAUUCCCUUUAAGAGGCCGUGCACCUACGGAGUGCCCAAACUAAAGAGAAUCUUGGAGGAGAGGCACAGUGUUCGCUUUGUGGUCAGAAGAAUGUUUGAUGAGCGGAUCUUCACAGCUGCUGGUAAGCUUGCAAAGGAGGAGGGCAAGCAGGAUGGUUCCUUAUCUGAAGACGGCUUCCCAGAAGGCCUCAGGGUACCGAGCUCGGUGCUGGAGCUGGUCAGUAACCCCCACAGCAGCAGAUCCACCAGCUCCUGUGUUAGUCCCUUGGCAGAGUGUGAAGCAGGGCCUUCGGGAGACUGUGUACCUUUAAAAAAGAUCAAAACAGAACCGCCAGACGGUGAAAUUAUUCAGGUGACUGUGCCAGAGUCCACUGCACCUUCAGAGGAGCCAAGUGAACCUCCGGCUGAUCUAGUGACCCCUGAACUCCGACGCCCCCUGGAGCCACUAGCAGCUGAAGUGUUGGCACAGAAGACGACGCCCCAGGGGCUGAAGAGAGUUGUUGAAGAAGACAUUGGAGAGAUGAUUCUUCAGCUGCGAAAGCAAGUAGAAAGUCUCUUCAGUACAAAAUAUGCUGAAGCUCUAGGCCUGCCUGAGCCUGUUAAAGUGCCCUACUCCAAGUUCCAGAUGUAUCCAGAGGACCUUUACAUCACAGGACUACCGGAAGGGAUUACAUUUCGAAGACCAAACUGCUUCGGAGCAGCUAAACUUCGGAAGAUACUUAGUGUCAGUAGCCAGAUCCAGUUUGUUAUCAAUAGACCAGAAUUGUUAACAGAAACUCAACUGAAGCACGAGGUUCCUCCUCAACCAGCUUGUGACACAGUAGAGUCAGACUGCAAAGACAACCUGGCAGAAGACGCUGGACCUGCAUCCAAAAGGCCUGGUUUCUCAGAUAGCUUAGAAGCUAAGCUUUCCCGAAUCGACUUGGCGAACACUCUGAGGGAGCAGGUCCAGGAUCUGUUCAACAGGAAGUAUGGUGAGGCACUGGGCAUUAAGUAUCCUGUGCAAGUGCCUUACAAGAGGAUCAAGAGUAACCCCGGCUCAGUGAUAAUCGAGGGCUUACCUCCUGGCAUCCCCUUCCGGAAACCCUGUACCUUUGGCUCACAAAACCUAGAGAGGAUACUGGCAGUGGCUGAUAAAAUCUCCUUCACCAUUACGAGGCCUUUCCAAGGACUUAUCCCCAAACCAGCACCACGAAGAAUCACCUUAUUAAAGAAGGCAUAUGCCUCAAUAACUGAUGAAGAAGAGGUCAGUCGCAUGGGAGAGAAAGUCAUUUUACGGGAACAAGUGAAAGAACUGUUUAACAAGAAAUACGGAGAAGCUCUAGGCCUGGAUCGAUCUGUUGUUGUUCCAUACAAGCUGAUUCGGGCCAGUCCGGAAUCACUGGAGGUUUGUGGACUUCCAGAUGAUAUCCACUUCAGGAACCCCAACACCUAUGACAUAGUUCGAUUAGAGAAGAUCCUUCAGGCUCGAGAUGACAUCACCAUCAAUAUCAAAACCCCAUUACAGCCUUUUGUACAGCUUUGUCCCCAGACCAGCAAUACAGAAGGGAAGGAAGUGUCAGUCAAUAGACGUAAACGCAAGCGGGUCCUGGAAAGCAGUCAAGCGACCGCUCCCUCAGGAGCCGACCCUGCUGCUCCAGCCAACCAGAUUCCAGUGAUGCAAUGGCCCAUGUACAUGGUGGACUACAGCGGAGUGAAUGUCCAAGUUCCAGGAAAGGUAAAAUACUAGUGGACCACCUCAAAGCCCCUCAGAAGAGGAAGAGGAAUCCUGCGGGGAGGACGUGGUCAGACUGAUAUCCGUUAUAAAAAUCAGCUGUUUUUGGAGUGCUGUGGUUGAUCUCGCAGUGUGACGGGGGACCUUUGUGUAUGCUGGCAAUCACAAACUCUUUGAGCGUGACGACAAACAGUACAAGGAGUUUCUCAUUACAGUUUCAGGACGGCAAGUGCUGAGACGUGAAUUUGCUGUGCAGUAACCUGGAAUCGUUACUUCCCAGUUUGUCAGUGCUUUAUUUUUCUGGAGAGGCUGCUUGUAAAAGGAGUGUUUUCAUUUUGUUUUAUUUUUAUUUUAUUUUUUUAUGUUUGGUGAACAAUGCUUUGCAUCAUACACUGGCAGUCAUAAGCAAAUGCUCAGUUACACAUAAGAGCUUAUAAUAUUUGUCUGUUACAACACAUUUAAAAAAUCUGGAAAAAAGAAAUUCUAAAACAUUUCUAUAUAUGAGGAACAUAUCGUUUUAACGCUUGAAUAAGGUGAAUAACUUGCUGGCAGGAAAUUCCAUUUAUAUGUGGGGUUGAGCGACGUGUGUGAGCGUGCAUUUUUAUUGGAAAAUUGUGGGUGAAUAUUGAUUUUCCCUGUUUUAGGUUAGCAAUGUAAACCUCAUAGUUCCAGUUCUAAACUAAAGAAGCACAACUGGGCUACCAAGCAUUUUGUGGUUUAACAAGAUUCAGAUCAGUUGUAAAGGAGAUUUUUUGUUUAAGUAUUACUUUAAGUGAGAGAAGUGAUAGAUCCCCUGAAACACAUGGAAACACAUCAAAAACCAUUAUCAAGCUCAUUUGAGCUAUUCAAAGUGACUGCCAGUGUAGGGUUGCCUUCUUUUUAAAGGCCUUUGAAACAAUAAUGGUUGACUGACACCCACACUGAGGACACAAGUGAUGGAUUCUGUUGGGAAACAUUAUUCCCAGACAAGAUUCAUUAUCCAUAGGAUGCAAAACCUCGACUGGUGCUGAGGACGUACACAUGCGUACUACUCUCGUAGUAACUGGUUCUUAUGCCUAGCUAAAUGUUUGUAUUAUUAUUUAUUUAUUUAUUUAAAUAAAAGUAAAGAAACAUGUAUAUGCAGGGAAUGUAAACAAAUCGGCACAAUGCAUCAAGUGCUGAAUGCCAUGACUGAUAACACUAAAACAGUUAGCUACUGAUAUAUUCCGUUUUUUAUUUUAUUUUUUUUCUUCUUCUUCUUCUUCUUCUUUUCGCUUCAGGGGUUCAUGGUCCUACAGUGGAGCAUCCUAACACAAUAGCACUAACUUAUAUUCCAAUGAAAGACUUUAUCAUUAUUGUAGUGGUGUAAGUCGCUCCGACGUUCAUAGAACGUGGAGGACAAGUAAGAUAAAAUUUGAUGGAGACAACAUCAUGAAUGUAUUGUAUGUAAAGGAAAGAAUGGUAUAAUGUUAUUCUGUAAGGACUGUCUCUGGAAUUACCAGUAUUUAUAUGCUGUACCUUAAUGCCAUUUAGGCCUUUCAAAUAAAAUGUGUUGCCUUGCGUUCAUUA